AUGGCCACUAACAUGAAAGUCUGCCUUGUGUGUAUGCUUGUGUUCCUUCUAGCUCCGAAUGUGUUUAUCAGUGAAAUUGAAGCUGCCGGAGAAUGCGGCAGGACUCCAAUCAAGUCUGCCGUGGCUAGCCUGAGCCCGUGCUUGGCCGCGGCCAAGAACGGUAGAGCUAGAGUGCCACCAAUUUGUUGCACUAAAGUUGGUGCCUUGAUCAAGACUGCUCCAAGAUGUCUGUGCGCGGUCCUUUUGUCUCCAUUGGCAAAGCAGGCCGGGAUCCAGCCCGCUAUCGCUAUUGGCAUUCCUAAGCGAUGCAACAUUAGGAACAGGCCUGCUGGAAAAAAGUGUGGGAGGUUCACUGUCCCUUGAUAAGGAAAUGAAGAAGGUCAAACUGCGAAUAAUGGAUAUGUGCAAUGUUGAGGCCAAUAUUGAAUAAGAGCAGCUAUAUAUGCCAUGUAGGGUCAAUAUUUAUGAUACAUUAUGUGAUCCGCACCGUUUUAUGCACCUGUGACUGAUAUUUGUUUAGUGGGUUUUAUGCACCUGUGAUCUUUGCUUAGUGGAUGAAUAUUCUUGUGCUUUUCAACUA